AUGAACGUUCCAAAGAAGAGGGCCGCUGAGCGGCUCAAGGAGCUUCGCCAGCUCCCCGAUAACAAGCGAUGCUUCGAUUGCGAGUCGCUGGGGACCACGUACUACGUCCCCCAGUUCAGCGUGUUCGUGUGCACAGACUGCAGCGGGUUCCACAUGCAAUUCGGCCACCGCGUGAAGUCUGUCACGCUUGCGGACUUCAAGACGGAGGAGCUGGACGCUAUGACCGAGGGUGGGAACCAGGUGGCGGCGUACCGCUACCUCGCUCGCUACACGCCCGACCGCGACCUCAAGCGCCCGGUGGACAAGAACCCGCAGCGCAUCAAGGCGUGGGUCCAGACAGUCUUUGUCGAAAAGCGUUUCUACAGUGCAGACGCCCCUAUCCCAUCCCGGCGGCCGUCGUCCACCGGCGGCGACGCGACCGCCGACGGCGCCGCCACCGCCGCAGGCCUCGCGCUGAAGCCGACGCUGUCAGGCGCGGGGUCACGCAGCAUCGGGCGCCUGCCGCUGCCUGGCGGCGAAGCGGGGAUGCCGCCCGUGCGCGACGUGCGGGAGCUGCUGGGACCCCGGUCGAUUUCGCUGCAGGUGCGGGAGCGGCAGGGGUCGACGCCCGGCGCCGCCGCCGGCCAGCCGGCCGCCUCGCCCACGCCGCCUUCCCCGUCGCCGCAGCCGCCGGCAUCCCCCGGGCAGGCGGGGGCCGCGCCGGCUGCAGCGGCCGCCGCGCCGGCGGCCGACGCACGGAAACUGCCGCAGCCGGCGUCGCCGACGCAGCUGGCGGCCGGGCCCGUCGCGGCGCCGCCAAAGGUGGCGGCGAGGCCAGUAUUUGACCUGCUGGACUUUGAUAACGGCCCGGCGCCCUCCAUGGCAGCCAUGUCCGUCCUCGCAUCCCCCGCUGCAGUUGCUGCCCCGGUCGCGCCCGGCCCCGCCGCCCCGCCGUCCGCGUUCGAUCCAUUUUCGCAGUCCGUGCUGGCCGCGGCGCCCCCCGCCGUGCAGGUGGCGGCGCCCGCGGCGGCUGCGCCGGUGUCCCCAGGCAGGCUCUUUGCAGCGGCUGCGUUCUCGCCGCCGCCGGCCGCUGCGGCGCCGCAGCUGCAGUCACAGCCGCAGCCGCAGCCACAGCUACAGCCGCCGAAGGCAGCCAGCCCCGCCUGGGCCUCAAGCGGCGCCGACUGGGCCAACUUCCAGUCGCCGCCCUCGACACCCGCAGCCCCACCUGCCGCCGCUGCGCCCCCAGCGGCAGCGGCAGCGUCCCCCGCGCCCCCAGCGGCGGCGGCAGCGCCCCGCGCGCACCCAGCGGCAGCGGCGGCGGCCCCCGCGCCCGCGCCGGACGCCGACGCGUGGGCGGCUUUUGACGAGCCGGCCGCGCCCGCGGCCGCGCCCGUGCAGACCGCGCCGGCGCCGGCGCCGACGCCGGCUGCCCCUGCUGCAGCUGCGGGGCCGCCGCCAGCCCCAGUGAGCGCGGCCUCAUCUUCCUUUACUUCCUUCACUGCCACCCCCGCCGCCGCGCUUUCUGUGUCCACAGCUUCAGUGGCGGCCUCCCCCUCCCCGUCCGCGGCCGCGGCACCAAGGAGCGGCACGGGGACGCCGUCGGCGGCGGCGGGGGCGGCGGGGCCGGCGGGGACGCCGAAGGGCGGCCAGGGCGGCAAGACGAGGGAGCUGCCUUCGGACUUGUUCAGCGACGGCGGCUUUGGCGGCGGCCCGCACGCCCCUGUGGGGCUGGUGCCAGGUGGCGGCGGCUUUGGAUUCCCUGGCAGCGGGCUGGGCGUACCUGGCGCCCCGGCGUUUGUGGCGAGGCCGCAGAUGUACGCUGCAAUGCCCUACGGCGCCGUAUUCCCACAGCAACAGCAGCAGCUGCAGCCGGGGCAGCAGCAGCAGCAGCAGCAGCAGCAGCAGCCAUAUGGGAUGGCUGUGCCCACCGGCUACUGGCCCUCCCCGCAGGGCGCGCCGCCCGGCUAUGGCGCGCCGCCUUCGCUGCAGCCGUUUGGUGGCGUGUCGAACAGUGCUUACGGCGGGCCCUCCUCGCCCUUGGGCGCGCAGCAGGGGCCCGCGCGUUUCCAGCCGCAGCAGCAGUCCCAGCAGCAGCAGCAGCAGCAGCAGCAGCAGCAGGCGGCCGGCCUGCGGGCCAGCAAUGAUGGCCUUCAGUUCUCUGAUUUGUCGGGCGGCGACGCCAGCAGUGUCGAGAGCAGUGACGCCGCGGGCGGCGCCGCGCCGCCGCCGGCUGCACGCCCCUAUUCAUGCGGCGGAAGCGGCGCGGGCGGCGACAGCCGCGGCUCCUCCGGUGGCGCCGCCCCUGCCGGCACCAACAGCCCUGGGAGCGGCGUGCAGUCAAGCAGCGGCGGCGCCGGCGGCGGCGACAAAGAUCCCGCGCUUGCUGCGCCACCGGGGGACGGCGGUGUCUCCAGUGACGGACCCCUCACAGAUGUGUCAAGUGAGACCGCCCCCAGCACCGACGGCACCGGUGGCGGCGUCCCCGGCACCCAGGCCCAGGGCGGCGGCGCCCCUGGCUCGCCCUUCGGCGUGCUCGUCGCACCCCGCAGCGCCCCCAGCGCCGGCCCACUGAGCCUCGUCGCACGCGGCGCGUCCGCCGACGCGGCGCCCGCGGACGCCGCGGCAUUCCUCGACCGCGCAAACCGAUACCGUGGGGCCCAUGGGGCUCGGCCCCUGGCGUGGGACGCAGUGCUCGCGUCAGGCGCAUCCGCGUUCGCCAGGACCUGCCCUCAGGGGCACUCGGGCGCGCCCGGCGUCGGCGAGACCCUCGCAUGGGGCCAGAGGGGCCCCGCUGAGGCAGUGGAUUCGUGGUACAGCGAGAUCGGCAACUACGACUUUGCAAGGCCGGGCCCAUCCGGCCUCACCUCCCAGUUCACGCAGCUCGUGUGGGCCGAUACCACGCGCGUCGGCUGUGCCAUCGCAUCGGCGUGCAGCUGGAAGACCUUCGUCUGCCGCUUCUCCGCCGCCGGCAACGCUCCCGCAGCAAACUGGGCGUCCGAGGUCCCGCCCCCAUCCGGGCCGGCACCCGCCGCGGGGGCCGGCGGCGGGCUCAUCCUGUCGCGCGCAGUGGUGCGGCCACAGCCGCCGCCGGACGUCCCACGCGCGUCGUGGGAGCGGGUGGGGGAGCCCCUCUUUGUCGAGGAUGCUGACGAGGACGCCGCGGCGCCCGUGGCCUGGGCGGCCGGCUGCCCCAACGGCCACUCAGGCACCAGUGGCGUGGGGGAGAACAUGGCGUGGGGGUACCCCAGCCUGGUGGCCGCGGUGGACGCGUGGUACGCCGAGGUGAAGGACUACGACUUCUCCAACCCCGGCUGGAACCCCUCCACCGGCCACUUCACGGCCCUGGUCUGGAGGGACACCACAAGGCUCGGCUGCGCCGUCAACACCCAGUGCAGCUGGGCCACGUACGUCUGCCAGUACGGGCCGCCAGGCAAUGUCAUCGGCGUCGACUGGUCAACUGAAGUCAUGCCCCUCGGAUCAGCCCCACCGCCGCCAGCCGCCUCCCCGACGCCCAUCGCGUCGCCAACCCCUUCACCGACGCCGUCGCCGCCGCCGGCGCCCGUGCCGUCCCCAACCCCCUUGCCGUCCCCCAGCCCCGUGCCAUCCCCAAGCCCUGCGUCGCCAGCCGGCACAGCGCCCGAUGCGGAGGCUGCAACCGUCCUGCAGCGCCACAACCAGCUCAGAGCGCGCCACGGCUCCCCACCCCUGGCCUGGGACGCUGCACUGGGCCGCGCAGCUGUGGCCGCCGCCGCCACCUGCAGUACCACCAACUCACAUCCAGCGGGUUCGUCCGAGAACAUGGCCCGAGGCUUCACGACCUUCACGGCAGCAGUUGACGCGUGGUACGCUACGAUAUCCUCCUACGACUUCAGCCACCCUGGGCCCCAGGCAGCAGCACCAAAUGCGGCGCUGUUUGCCAACAUCGUGUGGCGCGCAACGACAGGCGUCGGCUGUGCUGUCAACCGCGGCUGCACAAGGCCGUUCUACGUCUGCAUUUACCUGCCGGCUGCGACCUCUGACCCUGCAGCCUGGGCAGCAAAUGUCCUCCCCGCCAUCGGUGCGGUCCCCAUGCCCAAUCAGCCGCCCUCCAGCGAGCCUGUACUGGCUGUCAACAAUCCCAGUGCGCUGCACGUCACGCACAGCGCGUCAUGGAUGCGUGUGGGGGAGCCACUGGCGAUUGAGCGUGCUGACCAGGAAGCAUUGGCGGCGCCUGUUGUGCAGUGGCCGGCGGCAGCGGCGGUGCUGUCACCAGACCUCCAGGCGGCCCUGGACGAGACCAACCGGCUCAGGGCCCGCCACCAAGCGGGGCCCCUGGUGUGGGACACCGCCAUUGCCUCCACCGCCCAGGCCUGGGCGGCUGGCUGCCCCAACGGCCACUCAGGCACCAGUGGCGUGGGGGAGAACAUGGCGUGGGGGUACCCCAGCCUUGUGGCCGCGGUGGACGCGUGCACCACCAACUCACAUCCAGCAGGAUCGUCCGAGAACAUGGCCCGAGGCUUCACGACCUUCACGGCAGCAGUGGAUGCGUGGUAUGCUACGAUCUCCUCCUACGACUUCAGCCACCCCGGGCCCCAGGCAGCAGCACCAAAUGCGGCGCUGUUUGCAAAUGUCGUGUGGCGGGCGACAACGGGCGUCGGCUGCGCCGUCAACCGCGGCUGCACGAGGCCGUUCUACGUCUGCAUCUACCUGCCGGCUGCGACCUCUGACCCUGCAGCCUGGGCGGCCAACGUCAUCCCCGCCAUUGGUGCGGUCCCCAUGCCUGACCAGCCGCCCUCCAGCGAGCUCGACGCUCCCAACGCGCCGCACGUCACGCACAGCGCAUUGUGGAUGCGUGUGGGGGAGGCACUUGCGAUCAAGCACGCUUACCAGGCAGCGGAGGCGCCGCCUGUCGUGCAGUGGCCCGCAGCAGCGGCGGUGUUGUCACCAGACCUCCAGGCAGCCCUGGACGAGACCAACCGGCUCAGGGCCCGCCACCAAGCGGGGCCCCUGGUGUGGGACACCGCCAUCGCCUCCACCGCCCAGGCCUGGGCGGCCGGCUGCCCCAACGGCCACUCAGGCACCAGUGGCGUGGGGGAGAACAUGGCGUGGGGGUACCCCAGCCUGGUGGCCGCAGUGGACGCGUGGUACGCCGAGGUGAAGGAAUACGACUUCUCCAACCCGGGCUGGAACCCCUCCACCGGCCACUUCACGGCCCUGGUCUGGAGGGACACCACAAGGCUCGGCUGCGCCGUCAACACCCAGUGCAGCUGGGCCACGUACGUCUGCCAGUACGGGCCGCCAG